AUGGUGACAAGAAAUGUUACAGGUGAUCUUCUCUACCACACUGGAGAGUCAAUAGAUUCCCUCUGCUUUAUAGUGACGGGAUCAUUAGAAGUGAUCCAAGAUGAUGAAGUGGUUGCCAUAUUAGGUAAAGGAGAUGUAUUUGGAGAUUCCUUCUGGAAGGAUAAUGCAGUAGGCCAAUCAGCUGCUAAUGUAAGAGCACUCACUUACUGUGACCUACACACAAUUAAACGAGAUAAGCUGUUGGAGGUCCUAGAUUUCUACCAGGCUUUUGCAAACUCCUUUGCGAGAAACCUUGUCCUCACAUACAACCUUCGAAACAGGUUGAUAUUUAGAAAAGUGGCAGAUGUAAGAAGAGAGAAGGAGCUUGCAGAAAGAAGGAAGAAUGAACCACAACUGGAUCAGAAUCAAGACCAUUUGGUUCGAAAAAUAUUCUCCAAGUUCAGGAGAGAUAGGGCAGCAUUGACACCUCAAUUAUCACUGUCUGCAAGUCCUCAAGAUCCAGAGAAAGGAGAAGCCAGCCCCGUACCUGAAAAGGAAGAUGCUAUUGUAGUUUCAUCAGCCUCAAGACGCCCUGGUAAAUGGGGAAGACUUCUAGGCAGUAGCUUAGAUUCAGGUAGUGAAAGUUCAACUGGGAGAGCCCAAAAUGGAGGUAACAAAAUCUUUCCAAAAGCCAUAAGGGUAGCAGGGCGUCAAGACACCAUUGAAGAGGCAGAGGAACCACGAAUGCUUAGAAAAGUUGAAUCAGCUGAUAGUGGAGUGCAAUUCAGAGCCGCUCCACCAGAAUUCAAGGAGAUCAUGGCAAAUAUUAUGGAAUUCAAAGUAGACGUAAAGUUAGAGGUCCAGAAACUUAACCAAAAAGUGGCUAGAAUGGAAGAGAUGUUGUCUGAGCUUCUAUCGAGGCUCGGCUCAGCGAGUCCAUCAUCUGCUUCUGGAGCUGAGGCCAGAGCAGACGGCAGCAAGCCUCCUGUAAAACGUCGUUCCAAGUCGCGAGGCAAGGCUCAAGCACCUGGUGUGCCCCAGCGCCCCUCUCCUUCAGAUCCAGAUCCCCCACCAUCUCAAGAUGGACCACGCAGGCCUCGAGAUUUCUUAUAGUCGCACCUACUCUAGUCACGGUCGUGGGCCGGGCUAGAGGGCUUAUUUUCCAUAGCUUCUUCACAUUUAGGAUAUUUUAAUUAGCUUUAAUCAAUAAUAGUCAAUUUGUAUAUAUUUGAGACGAAACUGAUUCUAC